UCCCACCUUCCAUCGAUAGCAUCGCGCCAAAAGCACUACGUUUCUAUCGUCAUGUCAGAUACCCAAUCGAUCUAUUGGAUGGAAAUGGAUUCAGCUGUGGAAGACAAUCACCUCAUUAGGACCUUGAUGAAAGAGUGCGGCUGCACUAGACAGAGAGCCAUCGAUUUACUCAGCAUUUGCAAUAAUGAUGUCGAUGCGGCGAAGAAGCAUCACGAUCUUUACCAAGUAUACGCUCAAGACCCGCCCGAAGACUUGGCUCCCUCCUUCAAUGAUGGGCCUAGCGAUCUCUCUGUGAGAUCCUUAUCAAGCUCUCAAGCAAACACUCCCUCUUCUGACCAAAAAAUCUCCUUGCCAGAGCUUCUUAAUGCAAUUAAGAUGCCUACUAAAGUUGCACCAGACAACAGCCCUAACAAAGAGUGGGACUUCAUUUUACCAAGUCUGGUUGAUGUCUCUCUAGAAGACGAGCAAUUUUUCGACUCGUAUAGUCUCGCCUCGGCUGUUCAACAUGGCGCUAUGGCUUCUCAUAUCCGAAGCUACUUGAAUAUCUUUUCUUCAUUAUUCACCAAGGAGAAUAUGAACGCCACAGUUGAAGGGUUUCCCCUCAUAUUUUAUGCUGUAGCGUCCAACAGCGAGGAUAUCGUGCGACUCUUCAUCGAAUACGGGGCGAACCCAAAUGCUAUAUACGAGCCAUCGAUUGUCCCUUUAUUAGCGUUUACAAUCAUGUGCGGUGAAACGCUGCAAAUUGAUACGACAAACAUGGUUUGCGUCCUCCUCAGCAAAGGAGCUUCACCUUGCGCCAUUCCCAAGGAUUUAUAUACACCUUAUCUACAGGAUAACUCAACGAGCUCUGGACACAAAACCUCCGGGGCGAUUGAGGAGUUCGUUUGGUGUUCACCAGAGAUAAAAGCCAGGCUUUCUAAGAAUCUCAAUCUCACUCAUCGAUACUUUUUGGAAAAAUCCACCAAGUUGGAGCCACCCUCCACCAAGAGGCGACAGAUUGCCCGGCUUAGAGAAUGCCAGGGGCUCUUAGGCAUUCCAUAUUUCCUCAUUGGGCAGACUAUCGCCACGGAGCUACUUAUCCAAAGGUUACUCAUCCAUAUGAUGCUGCCGGCUAAAAGCCCACUCGUUCUGUGCUUUGCUGGGCCAAGUGGCCACGGAAAGACUGAGCUGGCACGGCAGCUCGGCCACCUACUCUCCUUGGACCUGGAGGUGGUUGAUUGUACCACGUUUACUCAUGAAAUGGAACUGUUUGGUCCGAGAAGGCCUUACCACGGGUACGAAAAGGGCUCAGCAGUGAACAAUUUUCUCGUUGGGCAUUCUGGAAAGAGAUGCAUUGUCUUCCUGGACGAGUUUGAAAAGACGACCAAGGAAAUACAUUCAUCUCUGCUGCUCCCAUUCGACAAUGGCGAAUACCGAGACAGGCGCAAUGGCGAGAAGAUUGACUGCUCAAAAACGAUAUGGAUACUAGCAACAAAUGCACUGGACAACACCAUUUUGGACUUCUGCAAGCACAAUGAAGCCAUAACCGGCGAUGACGGAAACGAGAAAACACGACAAAUGAGAAAACUCUCGCAACAAUUACGAGAGAGCUUCCUACAGCAAUUCGACGCACCUGUUACUGGCCGCAUAUCAGACUUCAUUCCCCUGCUACCCUUUUCAGCUGGUGAACAAGCUGUCAUUACCCACAAAUGCUUGUUGGGAUUGGCUCAAGAUCUGCGCCUUCCAAUCUGCCUGAACAAGGGCCCAAUGGAGAGGCUCAUCGGUAACAUUAGACUGCUGAUUAGAAGAGAUGGCAUUGUAUGCUCAACGCUUGCAAAGUCCCACUACCACGUCAAGUUGGGGGCGCGCAGUUUAAUGGCUGGCGCAGAGAAGGUGAAGCGUAUUGUUCUGGACGUGUAUCUCGAUGACGAUGAGGAGAUUACGGAACAAGACGGUCUACGUGACUUUAUUAUUGAUGUGGACGAUGGGGAUAUCGUAGGCAGGAUAUUGACGGAUACUCGAGCGAAUACUCGGUCAUGACUCUCGUAGAUAAUCUUUACGAUGGAAAUAAAUACUGAAACUAUUGUACCAUUGUUUUCUUGGACAAUUCCCUCAGCUCUAACUUUGUUAUUCAUAGCCAAAAAUUC